AUGACGGCUUCUACUGGCCUCGUGCCCUCCACGCCUCAGCGACGGACGACAUUCGCGACAACAGGGACGACGCCCUCUUUUACUGGCGGUCACUAUUCUGCCAACAGGCGGCACUCAUUAUAUGGUACGGAGGAUCGAAUUGUUCUCGACCCUGGGUGCAGGACAUGGAGAGUCGGCUUUUCGGGUGAAGGCAGGGCGAGGGACGUCUUUCCUGCACACAAGCCGGCGAGCUACUCGGAACCGAGAGAGAAGGACAGAAGAAGCUUAUGGGAUUUGGAUAUGGGAAAUACGACGGAGGAGAGGGAGGAAGCGGAACGAGCGUUGUAUGAGAGGCUGAAGGAUCGAUUAAGGAGGACCUUCACACAGUAA